AUGGUGUUUUUAAUUUAUAGUGAUCUUAGUUUAAUACUACUAUGCUUAGAUCAUUGUCAUUCAUCUUUUUAUCAGUUUCUUAUAUUGGAUGUUUAUGAUAAAUAUAACACAUCUGGUGUUAUACUUCUAUCUUAUGAGAAUGAUGAUGCUUUUGAAUGGAGAACAUUUGUACAAACAACAGUCAAGUAUUUAUCGAAUUAUAACAUCAUAUCUACCAUAAAACACAUUGAAUCUUUAGAAGAUGAAAUAAAAUUAUUUAGAUAUCGUAUAGAUCGUCCAAUGGUUGUUGUAUUUUUAGAAAAAAUCGAACAUGUUAAAUUAUUGGAGACAUGGUGUCAAAAAGUAGAUAUGGGCUAUCCAGUCUGGUUAUUUUUAUUUACCGGUUUACAGGGCACGACAAUUUAUAAUUAUUAUAAAAAUGUAAAUACUAACACAUUCUCUUUAAAGUUUAAUACUGAAUUGAUAGUCUGGUGUUGUCAGCACCCAAGAUAUAUUUAUGAAUGGUGGACUAUUGAUGGUAAAAAUUUAAAAAGACGUCUAUUAGGUAUUUGGCAGAAGGAAACAGGACUCGUUUUCACCAGUAAUCGUUCUCUUUAUGACAGACGAGGUUCUCUUCACGGAUUACCAUUAAGAAUUACUUUUUCGAGAGGAUCAGCAUUUUUCUAUUUCACAAAUAAUACACUAGAUGGAUAUAUGGGAGAAAUUGUAACUGAAUUGCAAUACGCAAUGAAUUUUUCAAUCAAUAAAUUGAUUGAAAAUGAUCGAUUUGGCAUCUGGAAUGAUCAUCAACAGAAAUGGACUGGAAUGGUCGGAGUUAUUUCACGACAAGAAGCAGAUUUAGGAGUUGGUGAACUUUCAAUGACUAAUGAUCGACGUGAAAUAAUAGAUUUUACAUUACCUCUUUACAUUUCACCAUGUAGGAUUUAUUUUAAACAAAUGGAUAAUCGAGCUAUUCAUUUGUCUGCUUAUUUCAAGGCUUUCUCGGUAGAUAUUUGGAUUUCAAUAUUGAUUAUUAUAGCAAUAAGUCCUCUUUUAUUGGUCACUAUGAGAGAAAAAAUAAAUAUUAAACCCGUGAAACAAUGCAUUGUUGAAAAUUAUCUUUUAGUUUGGGGCAUUUUUUGUCAACAGAGUAUACCAGAGUUUCCAUCCAAAAUGUCACUUGCAGUAGCUUAUUUUUCCAUUUUUAUUACAAGUAUAGUUAUAUCUGCGACUUAUUCUGCUGCUAUUACCAGUUAUUUAGCUGUAUCAGAUCCUCCACCACUCUUCAGUUCAGUUGAAGAAUUUAUUGCUGAUGGAACGUACGAAUUAUCGGUACUCCAAGAUGGUGCAAAUUACGAUCUAUUCACACAUUCUGAAGAUCCAGUGAUGAAAGAAUUGAGAAAAAUUAUGGUUCCAAGAAAAUCGUUGCCGAAAACUAACAAUGAGGGAUUCUUACAGUUAUGUUAUAAGAAAGUGGCGUUCUACGCAAAUGAUGCGCUGAAGAAAUCGGUAACCAUUAACUUACCAUGUGAAAUUGGUUUCAUCGAAACAGGAAAAAUUGACAGUAUAGCAAUGAUUCUACCACACAAUAGUUCUUAUACUGGAUUGAUUAAUUAUCAAAUUAACCGAUUUAGAGAUAAUGGAGUUUUAAGGCGAUUAAAACGAAGAUAUUUACAUAGAUCACUGACUAUAAGUGAGUUAAAUAUCAACAAUUCAUUAGAUAUUCAAGGAGCUGCACCUGUUUUUUUAGUUAUCGCUGGAGGUUUAUGUACCUCUGCACUUGUUUUUAUGCUUGAAAAAAUUCACUUUCUCUAUUUCAAUAAAUUCUUACAAUGGUUUUUUAAUCCAACUAAGUCAAGCAAUUUAAAUAUCAUGAACAAGUUUGAUAAUAUCGUCAACUACAAAGUGAAUAUGUGUCUCUUAUUACGUGCUCGUUACUCUGUAUCAUUAAAUUAUGCGCGAAAAAAAGAGGAAGGGGAAGAACGAGGCGUCGUUUCGCAUCAUGCCCCACCGAUUGCUUAA